AACACACAAAGUAGGCAGCAUGCAAAAGACAAUUCUUGCAAUCAUCACAUUGGCCCUCUUCGGUCUCGCUAAUGCACAAGUAACAUUUAGUGGUGCCUGUCCAUGCAAUGUGCAAGUGCAGAGUAAUUUCAAAGUGGAACCUUAUUUGGGCACCUGGUACGAGUAUGCCAAAUAUCCUGUUUACUUUGAGGCUAAUGGUAAGUGUGUACAAGCAGUGUAUACAUUGAAGGACAACGGUGAAGUGGGCGUGGUGAAUGACAUGGUUGAUGUAACUACGAAUAAGUCCACCGAUAUUGUCGGUUAUGCCGUGGAAGUUGAGAAUGCUAAGUUGAAGGUUACCUUCCCCGUUACCCCUGCAAUCAAUGCCACCACCAACUAUUGGGUUUUGUCUACCGACUACGUUAACUACAGCGUUGUUUACUCUUGCCAGCCAGCUGACGCCAACUCACAUAGCACCAUCGUUUGGAUCUUAACCCGCACACGGGCACCCUCUGCUGAAAUUAUUUCGAAAGCUAAAAGUGUUUUGACUAAAAACGGCGUUUCUUUGAGUGAAUUGGUGGUUACGGAUCAAAGCAAUUGCCCAGCAGCAGUUCCGGAAGUCUGCUGAAUGAAUGAAGAAAUGGCCUGAAAUUAUGAAUGAGUAGCUUACUCAGUUUAAAGAAAUCUCUUUGACAUUUAACGUAAAUAAAUUAUUUGA